CCCGGGCCUCCUCCUCCUUCAACACAUCUGUCUCUCAGAUCUCAAGCCUCUCUUCUACAAUCAACAUAGUUUGACUGUGAACAAACAAACAACUUUGCAAUCUCGACAAAGGUCUUCUUUCUACUUUCUACUUGAUUUAUAUCCCGUCUUUUCAGACAGUACUUGGUGACGGUACUGCCUCUUGGGAAGUUUUUGGGAUCCCAUUCACAGCUUGGAUAUCCGCCUACUUAUCUUCCACCAGGGCAUGCGUUCAUGAUGACCGCUACUGCCUAUCCUCCAACAAUGACUGACCUUCGCGGAGACUCUCACUCGAACAUGUGGUCCUACGGACCUGCUCAUCUUUCCAGCCGCAUGGGCAGCUCCAUCGACGCUGCCUUCCACUCUGGUGCUCCUCAGGCCCGCCCCAGAACCGGCCAGGAAACGCUCGACACCACGGGCUACUCUUACAACAGAUACUCGCAAACUGAAUCUUCUCCUUACGACCGCACGCAGUCUGUUUCUAGCCUUUCUUCGCACCAGAGCUACCCCGGCAUCAAGAGAUCCUUCUCCCAGUCGGAAACACCGUACCAAGAGAUUGUCCAGGACCUUCGGGAUGACGGAUCACGCCUCACUGUCAACCAGGACCACAAGCUCCUCUCCUUCCGCCGUGCCCAGGAAAAGAACACCGUCGUUGACCAGCAUGGCCGCAUCCAGCAACUCGAACUCUCUGCUCAGCUUCACGGCAUGUUCUUCCUCUCUGAGAUGCCCGCCGCUGGCCCCGAAGGCUCCCCUCUCCAGCCUGAGUUGACUUGCUACCGCCGCAACUUGUUCCAAGUUAGUGGCUCCUUUGUUACUCCUCGUGGCCCCAUCUCCAUUGUCAACGACGCCAACGAAACCGUCCCUGUCCAGAGCAUGGAAGUGACUAUCUCCGCUAUUGAAUCUGUCGACGGCAAUGCCGUUCGCCUCAUCGUCAUUCCCUGGAAGACACCCCCACCCAACUCUCCCGAAGUGAACAACGCCCCUGACCAGGAGCCUCCUUCGCUUCCUCUCAUUCCUUUCCAGGACAACAACCCCGAGGCAGAGGGCGACUACGCUGUCUACCCCAUUGGAUGGCGCCGUCUCCAGUUCAGAAUUGCUACCGCCAACAAUGGCCGCCGCAAGGAACUCCAGCAGCACUUUGUUCUCCACCUCAAGGUUAUGGGAACUCUUGCCGACAAUACCAAGGUUGUCCUCACAGAAUCCACCACCGCUCCUAUUGUCGUUCGUGGACGCAGCCCUCGCAACUUCCAGGCUCGCAAGGAGAUUCCUCUUUUGGGCUCCAGCGCCGGAUCUCGUGGACAGGCUCUUGUUGAGACUGGUGUGGGUGUUAUUGCUGGUGCCCUCAGCAAGCGCCCCGACGGAAAGCCCAGAGGAAGCAUCGACAUGCAGGUCCCUCGCUCUUCCUUCACCUUCAGCCCUCCUAAGCCUGUUGGUCAGCUCAGCGCCAUGCGCUCAAACUCUUACCCUACUUGGAACGCUCAGAUUCCUACCACAGGUGCCACUACUUACGGUGCCACGGCUCUUAGCGAGCCCUACCCCAAGCUCGGUCUCCAGAGCAGCUCUAGCUUUACAGAGGGCCAAGACCCUCUCUCCAGCUCCAUGACCCCUUCUAUGCCUCUGUCUCUAGUUUCUAUGGAUGGUGGUCGCGCCACAAAGAGCCCGCGCCAUAACAGCCAGCAGUCUGUCCAUGGCCCUAUCACUCCUGCUGAUACUCCAUCUGAAUAUCGCUACAACGGUGCUGGCGGUGCUGGUCGCGACUACUACCCUUCAUCUGCUACCGGCUGGACUACCACCGCUGGAGAGCAAGCUUCGAGCCUUGCCUACGCUGGCAACGAUGCCAGAACUUACUCUUUCUCCCAGGAGCAGUACAAGGCGGGUCCCUCGCCUCUCUCCUCCAAGCAGGAUGCUGCACUCUCUGGAUCUACUCCCGUUUACGGUGCUGCCCCUCGCGGAUCUUUCGAAUCCAUGAACAACUACUCUUGGAGCACCAACUAAGGAUACCCCAAUUUCGGCGUUUUUGUACACGGCUAGCCUUCCGGUUCCGGUGGGCUCUUAUUCCCCUCACGCUGCUUGCUUUUGGUUUGGAAAUCUUUGUUUUAUACGUUUUGGGCAGGGCUCUUUUGGUUUCACGUUUACGAUUGCACCAACGACACUUUUGGGAGGUUCUUUCGUCAACUUUUGUUUUCACAAUUCUUUUUCUCGCAAAGGGGACGGCGCUUAUCUGCUUUUGUGCUAAUACACCAAUCUAUACCGACCGCUCUGCUUUUUCUUUUUGGGCACGGUUUUUUGAACAAAAAAAGGACUGCAGACGCAGUCGAGGAACUUUUUACGACGAGCAUGAGAAACGCUUUCUAUUCACAAAGAGAUACGAUUAUCUAAGGAGCGAGGAGUUGUCGACAUACUUUUCCCUGGCCUUUAGCCGUUUUCUCGAGGACUUGCUGUGGAUUAUAGAUGUCAUCACGUUUUAUAUAUAGUUUUUAACCAUCACGUUUUAAUAAUAUCUUUUUAAUCAGAAUCUCGGCAGCAG